AUGGCACCUACUAACCAGUUGCGAGUAAGAUUACCGGAACUCAAACUCCCACAGUUUGGUGGAUGUACGAAAGACUGGCCAACCUUUCGCGAUUCGUUUAAAUCGCUUAUCGAUUCUGCUCCGCAACUUAGUAAUGUUGAUAAAUUUUCCUACCUGAAUUCGUCCUUAACCAGUGAAGCCAAACGUGUGAUAGAAGUGAUUGACGUAACCUCCGAAAAUUAUUUAGUAGCGUGGGAAUUGCUGGAAAAACGAUACGAAAAUAAGUACUUGAUCGUUAAAUCGUACGUAGAAUCAUUGUUCAGCGUCGAGCCAAUGAAAAAAGAGUGUCACGAUUCGCUUAACCGGUUGAUCGAUGAGUAUGAACGGAAUCUUUUAAUGUUAGAGAAAAUGGGGGAACGAACUGAUAACUGGAGUACCUUACUAGUUUUUAUGCUUAGCUCUCGCCUCGAUCCGUCUACUAUGCGCCAAUGGGAAACGCAUCGAAAGUCCAGCAAUGUACCCAGUUACGAGGAACUUAUCGAUUUUCUACGCAGUCAUAGUCUGAUAUUGCAAUCUGUCGUUGCUUCCAAAAAUCGAUCUUCGGAACCUACACGCUUCACUCCCUCUCUUCAACAUUCAAUAAAUAAAAUGAAAACUGCUCACCCAGCCGUCUCGCCUCCGCAAAAUUCUUGCCCAUUCUGCAAACAAAUAGCACACUCACCUUAUCAUUGCGAAAAGUUUCGAUCCAUGACAGUUGCCCAACGUUUCGAAGCUGCAAAGAAAAAUAUGCUUUGCAUAAACUGCCUAUCACGAUCACAUUUAGUUAAAAACUGCUCUAGUGGAGCUUGUCGCGUAUGCAAUAAAAGGCACCAUACGAUGCUACAUCAACGCACUAAUUCGAAUCCACCAAAUCAACCACAAAAUGCCAACCUUGCAUUGCCCGAAGUGCAGCCUCCUCUUUCGUCGUCCGUAGCAAGCAAGCUCUUACAACCCUCACGAUCAUCUAGUCAUUCACAGUCGCUUGAGAACCCAACCCCCACAGUAUCAGCCUUUUCAACCAGUCACAAUUCAAUGCCAUCAACCAGCCACCGAUGUACGGUACCUACAACCGUAUUACUUUCAACUGCCUUAGUGAAAGUGUUCGAUUCCAGCGGAUCAUUCUUGUGGGCUCGUGCCUUGCUCGACUCUGGAUCCCAACUAAAUUUUGCAUCGGAGCAACUCGUUCAAAAACUAAACGCGAAGCGCAAAAAAGAUUUUAUACCAAUCAGCGGCGUUGGCUUGUCGUCUACAAUAUCCAAAUACUCAACUAUUAUCAAGCUGCAAUCGCAUGGCACUAGCUUCAGUGCUAGUUGGAACUUUCACAUCCUUCCAAAAAUAACGAUGGAGUUACCUACUCAAACUGUUGACGUGUCCGAUUUUGAUUGGCCAUCAGACAUCACACUGGCUGACCCGUCGUUCUUUAAACCCGGUUCUAUCGACUUAAUUUUCGGCGUUGAGAGUUUCUACGAUUUGUUGAGAGAAGGUCAGUUCAAGGGCAGUACUGAUAAACCUUGUCUGCAAAAUACUGCGUUAGGAUGGGUGAUUUCGGGCCGUAUGAAAUGCAAUUCAAGGCCAGCAACCAGUAUGGCUCAUUUUUGCGCUGCACCGUCUAUAGAAGAACAAUUAUCUCGGUUCUGGGAACUCGAGAGCUGUCGAAUGGAGAGCACGUUGUCGGAAGAGGAAUCGGCUUGUGAGAGUCAUUUCGCCAAACAUACGACUCGGGAUUCUACCGGUCGUUUUGUUGUCGCCUUACCGAAAAGAGACUCGGUAAUUGCUAAACUAGGAAAUUCGAGAGAGAUUGCUACUCGCAGAUUUCUUUCGCUCGAACGUCGUUUGUCAGCUAAUCCAGCACUGAAAGAUGCUUACUCCGACUUCAUUCAUGAAUAUAUACGUCUCGGCCAUAUGAGGGAAAUCGAGAAUUCGGCGAACGAUUGGCCUUCGUAUUAUUUGCCUCAUCAUUGUGUCGUGCGUCCCGAGAGCGUCACGACAAAAUUACGAGUCGUGUUUGACGCAUCAUGCUCAACAGAUUCCGGUGUAUCUCUGAACGAUGCCUUAAUGGUGGGACCGCUCGUACAGGAUGAUCUUCUGACUAUGAUUUUAAGAUUCCGGGUGCCACAGUUUGCUAUCGUUUCGGACAUCGAAAAGAUGUACAGACAAAUAUUAGUCUGCGAGUCUGACCAGCCUCUUCAACGGAUACUAUGGAGAGAUUCUCCAUCGCAAACCAUUCGAGAGUAUCAACUAUUAACAGUAACUUAUGGUACUUCGUCAGCCCCCUAUCUCGCCACAAAAUGCCUUCAAAGGCUUUCUCGUGACAGCUUGGAAGUGUCUCCACUAGCAGCAGAAGCUAUAGGAAAGAAUUUUUACAUGGACGAUUUACUUACUGGAACCGAUAGUAUCGAGGAAGGGCAAAAACUUUGCCAGCAAUUGAUGAGCAUAACCCGUUCUGCAGGUUUCGAGCUUCGCAAGUGGCCCUCUAAUAAUUCUGCUGUACUUGAGCCAAUCCCGGUCACAUUUAGAGAUCAACGUACAGUGUUGGAAUUAGAUUCUUCACAUUCGCCAAUCAAAACUCUUGGACUUCAGUGGGAUACGGCAGCUGAUAUGUUUUUGUUUGAGCCUCCUAAACAAAAUCAACAAUUUCCAAUCACCAAGCGCGUGGUGCUGUCUAAUAUAGCACGACUUUUCGAUCCACUGGGUCUCGUGGGACCGGUUACUGUUUUAGCUAAGCAGUUCAUGCAAGAUCUUUGGCGAGAUGGAAAGGAUUGGGAUGAUCAAUUGAACGAGUCACAAAAUCAACAAUGGAACGAGUUUAGUGAAGGUCUCCGAGAUUUAUCGUUAAUAAAAAUACCACGCUGGGUGGUAUCCACGUCAGCGUUAAUUGGUUUGGAACUACAUGGAUUCUGUGAUGCCUCCGAGAAGGCAUACGGAGCGUGCAUCUAUAUAAGGGCCGUAUCAUCGACAGGCAGCGUAUAUCCCGAGGAGUAUGGGCUCAUGUACCAGGUGCCGAAAAUCCGGCAGACGUCAUAUCAAGAGGAAUGCAUGCUACUCAACUCGCUAACCUAA